AUGAAGGUACCCAGCCUCCUUUACCGCAAUCCCCUUGAUUCUUCAAGUGAUGUUGAUGAUUGGGUUGCGGAAGGUCCAGUACAGGCUAAGUGUGUGACCACAAAGGAUGGUAAGAAUGCAAUCGAGCUCUCUUCUGCUGGUGAAAUAAAUGACCACUUCACCUUCUGGUGCCCGGAGACGUUUCCAUCCCGGAUUCGCAUCAAGUGGGAGUUCUCACCUACAUCUGAGUUAGGUCUCGCUAUGCUUUUCUUUGGUGCUACAGCGGCGGCGUCUUCAUCCGGAGGAAGUGGUGAUGAUUCAUCUAUCUUCUCGCCCUCGCUCCACCGACGAAACGGCGAGUACCCUCAAUACCACUCAAGUGACAUCCGCACUCUGCAUGUCUCGUAUUUCCGUCGGCGAUGGGAAGAUGAACGCGCAUUCCAUACUUGCAACUUGCGCAAGAGCCCCGGCUUUCACCUUGUAGUGCAGGGUGCGGACCCGCUACCGCCAGCGGUGGACGCACGCGGUGCCUUCUAUCAGAUCGAACUCUUCAAAGAUGGCAACCACGUUAAGUUCUCCAUCAAUGGACUUCCUUUAUUCGAAUGGGUGGAUUUGGAUGGUAAGACUGGACCAGUCGUGGAGGGCGGCAGUAUUGGCUUUCGACAGAUGGCGCCGCUGGUGGCACGGUAUCGGAAUUUGGAAGUGUGGGAGCUUUAG